GCUAACUUCGAAAAUAAAGAUGCCCUCAUAGAGAGAGAACCACUUGCCUCUGGUGGAGUCUGUGUGGGACUGGGUGAGAGGCUGGCACUUCCUGCAGAAGUUCCCUUCCGUCUGCUCAGGCAAGUAGUCACACCACAGCUACAUUCUCAGCUCCGAAGUGACAGCUGUUGGGUCCAGAGAGCGCUGUGAGCCAGCAGUCUGGUACUGACUGGCUUGAACUCUGCUGAGUAAGAUCAUGAUGAAGGCCCUCCUCAGAGAAAAGGGCCCUGUGGCCUGAAGCAGACUUCCUACAUAAUCCCUGCAGCCUGAACUCCAUCACAGCCCGAGGUGGUCCAGAUCAGACAGCCUCAGCCCAGGCCACCAGGGAGAGGCUGGCUGGCUGACAUGUGAAUUCACAGACAAGGACCUCACGAUGCCCACCUCCUUCCCCGAAAUGGAUCUAGAGAAUUUUGAGUAUGAUGAUUCUGCCGAGGCCUGUUAUUUGGGCGACAUUGUGGCCUUUGGGACCAUCUUCCUGUCUGUCUUCUACUGCCUGGUCUUCACGUUCGGUCUGGUGGGAAAUCUGCUGGUGGUCCUCGCCCUCACCAACAGCCGGAAGCCCAAAAGCAUCACCGACAUCUACCUCCUGAACCUGGCCCUGAGCGACCUGCUCUUCGUGGCCACCUUGCCCUUCUGGACUCACUAUGUCAUCAGCCACGAGGGCCUCCACAAUGCCGUGUGCAAGCUCACGACUGCCUUCUUCUUCAUUGGCUUCUUUGGGGGCAUAUUCUUCAUCACCGUCAUCAGCAUCGACCGGUACCUCGCCAUCGUCCUGGCCGCCAACUCCAUGAACAGCCGGACAGUGCAGCACGGCGUCACCAUCAGUCUGGGCGUCUGGGCGGCGGCCAUCUUAGUGGCGUCACCCCAGUUCAUGUUCACAAAGAGAAAGGACAACGAAUGUCUGGGCGACUACCCCGAGGUCCUGCAGGAAAUCUGGCCCGUGCUCCGCAACUCGGAAGUCAACAUCCUGGGCUUCGCCCUGCCCCUGCUUAUCAUGAGCUUUUGCUACUUCCGCAUCAUCCAGACGCUGUUUGCCUGCAAGAAUCGCAAGAAGGCCAGGGCGGUCAAGCUCAUCCUCCUGGUGGUCGUUGUCUUCUUCCUCUUCUGGACGCCGUACAACGUCGUGAUUUUCCUGGAGACUCUCAAAUUAUACGACUUCUUCCCUAGUUGUGACACGAGGAGGGACCUGAGGUUGGCCCUCAGUGUGACAGAGACAGUGGCGUUCAGCCAUUGUUGCCUCAACCCCUUUAUCUAUGCCUUUGCUGGGGAAAAGUUCAGAAGAUACCUGAGACACCUGUACAGGAAGUGCCUGGUCGUCCUGUGCGGUCAUUCUGUCCACGCCAGCUUCUCGACAGAGUCCCAGCGGAGCAGGCAGGACAGCAUUCUGAGCAGCUUCACUCACUACACCAGUGAGGGAGAGGGGUCUCUCCUCCUCUGAAGGGGUCUCCCCGACCCUAACUCCACUAAGAACCCAGAGUUCUUGCAUCUGACUCUGUGUAAUGAAGGCAGAUUCCCCAACCGCUCCCCCUGAGUCUUAUGUGCAAGAAAUAUGGACCAGAUGCCUGCAAAUUAACCCCAUGGUGUUUUUGAAAAUUUUAUGUUCAAUGUGUAAAAAGCACACAUAUCUCUUACUGCAAAUGGUGAACACAUUAGGGCUUACCAGUGACAAAGAUUCUAACCAGAUUAGUGCAAUUACAAAGGGGUUGGUGAGUCCUGGUCCCACGAUCGUGAGAAGGCACGGCUAAGUCCUCAGGCUGAGUGGGAACCAAAGCUUAGAUCCAAUGUCCCCUGUCUGACUAAAUCCUCAAACUGAGUGGGAACUAAGGUUUAGAUCCAAAGUGCCAUCUCUGACCUUCAGAUCCUUCAUAGUGACAGAUCACCCAGGCUUUAUCAUCAGAGAAGGGCCUCAUCCCUCUCUGAGUUCAAAAUCGGCAUUCCCAGGGAACGCCUCCAUUGGCCAAGCGCGUCGGGUGCUCACCCCUCGACUGGGUGGUGUUAUUGAAAUAGAGGGGAUACCUAAGACGUUGUUCUCAAGGUUAGUGGUGGAGAGAGGCGUAUCUCCAAGUACUGGAGGCUGGGAGCUACUCUGACAGAGCAAGAGCGGCUCACCCACCUCGCUGAGGGGCUCACUCAGACUCUCCCUCAGUGACUCGCAGUGUCUACUGCCAGCCUCUUCACUAAGCCUCUCCUGAGAAUGUCCUGAACUCGCCAAGGGUUAGGGUUUGGGUUACUCCCCACAGCAUCAAAUGCAAUCUCAAGGCCCUGUCCUCCGAGACCAGGAAGAUAGGAUGCAGUUCUAAAGAGGGACUCCACGCUGACUCCUCAUUCCCACGGGGCUCCGCCCACACGGUUGGCCAGGUCCCUUCCAUUGUCUUCACCUGUGUCCCUCCACUCCUCUCGGCCCAGGGGGAGAAAUAGAAAGAGCCACGCCCCAGAGUGAGGGGAUGGAUUCAUAUCCCAACUCUGUUGCUUGCACACCAGGGAGACCGGAGCCAACGGAGCUUCAGCCCCCUCAGUGUAGGAAGGGGACUGUGGUGCCUUCAUCCAUUCUAGCGUGGCACAUCAGCUAGGACUUUAGCAGUCCCUGGAUCAGGCACUGUUGCCCUGCCUCUGAGAAAUAAAGCAGGUGGAGCGGAACGGAGCCUGCAGGCUUUGCUGCAGGACACAGCCAGACACGAGGAGACUCAUCCCCACAGCGUCCGUCAACAGGAGCUUAGAUCUACAGUCAUUCCUGUCUCCCCGCUGUCAGGCCAAGACCCAAGCCAUGAGAGCAGCUUGCCUUCUCCCCUGACCCUGCAAGCAUCACGUAAGAUCUAACCACAGGAAUGUCUUCAUGCCUUCACUGACUCGGUCUCAUUGAUAGGUGCGCAUUGCAAAUUCCAGUUCUGCAACACAAAACACUAGGUUUCAGAUAGCUCUCUGCCCCGUGCUGAUCGUAAUAACCAUUUCAGAAGUCUCUCCCAGAUGGUGGCCCCAUUGGGGAAGCUGUGGCCUGUUGCUCACUGCGGCACGUCUGAUAUCUCCUUGGCAGUCUCUAUGUUUGUGUCGAGGAUGACAGACAGACUGAGUCACGUCCCCCACAAGGAUGUCCAACUUUCUGUCAUUGCGACACAACCCUGUCAUAUACAAAGGUCACAACUGAGAACCUCAAAAUUGAGUUGCCAAAGUGGGGGCCUGGAGAGAUGCCUCAGUGGUUAAGAGCACUGGCUGCUCUCCCAGAGGACUGCAGUUAGAAUCCCAGCACCUUCGUAGCGGCUGACAAUGGUCUGUAACUCCAGUUCCAGAUGACACAACACCCUCUUCUAAUAUCUGAGGACACCAGAUGUGCAUUGUGAACAGACAUACAUGCAGACAAACACCCAUACAUAUAAAAUAAGAUUUUUUUUAAAAAAAACUGGUUUUUCAAAAUAGGCUCUCUCUCUAUGUGGCCUUGACUGUCCUGAAACUCUCUAUAUAGACCAGGCUGGCCUAGAACUCAAAGAAAUCCACCUGCCUCUGCCUCCUGAGUGUUGGGAUCAACGCUAUGCACCACCAUGACAGGCUGAGUAAAUAUAUGUUUUAUUUUCAAAAGCAUCAUAUAAUGUUUUAAUUAAGUUUAAGCUUUGAUGUUGGUUCGUAUUUACUGCUGUCCUGGGUCACAUGGUUAGACAUGUCUACAGCGUGUCUAUUUCACCUGUAAUUCUGUCAAUAAACGUUGGGUUUCCUUGCAGUUUUUAACAA